CUCACCCUUCACAGCCGCCAUGCUGCCUGCCGACUGCUCGCGCAGGCUGGUUGCGGAGCUCCUAGGAGCUUUGGAGGCUUGCCAGAAGAAGGAGAAGGAUUUGCAACAAUCCCUUGCUCGCUGCCGGGUGUUGCUUCAACCUUGGGAAGUGGCCUCUCCCCCAAGCCCUGAGCCAGCCCGGAAGAGGGGUGAGGAAGCAGAGGAAGCUGGUGAUCCUGCAUGUGAACCAACUCCUAAAGAUCUCAAGGAACUGGAGCUGCUGACCCAGGCCCUGGAGAAAGCCCUUCGAGUCCGGAAAGGCAUCGUCCAGGUCCAGUCAGAGGAGAGUAUCUCCAGUGGGAAAGCUGCCCAGCCUUUGGUCGCUGCCCAGGCAGGCCCUGGGGCCAGGCCAAAAGCUUGUGUUCCAGCAAGGCCCCCAGCUACCUCUCAGAGGACUAACAGUGGGGUGAAAAGGCCUGCCAGAGCCCCCUCUCAUAGGGGCAGGGCUCCCGGAGAUGUUCUCACACAUGCCAAGCAGCCAGACCACUCAGCUUCUCUAGAGGGGCUCGCUCAGCCCUGCCCUCUGCCUUCCCAGGGCCAAGUCCCUAGGUUCCCAACCUCCACCCCAGUUUCGGUCUCAAGAGAAGUGGGUGCUACUGCAUCCAAGACUGGGCCAGAACAAGGAAAGACCCAACCAGACCUGAGAUCUGAGCCCUUCACACUCAAGGAGAAAGGGACCCAGCUGCGGCUGCCUCUCUUGUAUAAGAAAAUUGCUUCCAGAAAUUCCAGCCUGUGGGCCCAGAUCCAGCACUCCCGGUUCGAUGGUGAUGCCGAUGUGGCUGCUGCCAAAGCCCAUUUCCUAGAGAGGAUGAAGAAGACCUUUGACAUGCCUGGCCCAGCCAUCAGCCCUGCUGAGGUCCAGGAGGAAGUGACUCGCCUGGACCGGGCCUGCCACUUACUGACCCAGCAUCUGGAAGAGACUCUGGCCAUGAGUGGGGAGGCAGCUGCGGGUUCCCUGAGCUUGGAACAGGAGUACCACCGUCUGGUUACCCUUGAAGGGCUCCAAGCUGCUGUGGACCGGCAUCUGCUUAGACUACAGGAGCUUCGAGAAGCGGAGGAACACAGGAGGCCCGGGCCUGCACAGAGCCCUCCGUCGGGCCCCAUCCUGCGUGUAGCUGGGAGGCCGUCCCUCUGGAACACCAGCCGGCUUUCCUAUUCCAGCGCCCGAGAGCUGCAGACCGCGGCGGCCCUCAGUCUCCGAGUGGCCGUGCUGAAGCAGCAGAUCCAGCUCCAAGAGGUCCUGAUGGAGGAGCUUCUUCCCCUGGCGGGAGCCGAGAACCCCAGCAGCCCGGCUCAGCUGGCGCUGUACCGGGCCAUCCACAGCCAGCUCUGCGAGGCCGGGGAGCACUUCUCUGUCCUGGUGAGAGAGGAGCCUUCUGGCUGAGCCGCCCUCGGGCCACCGGCCAUCCAGGGCUCCUGAGCCUGCCGCCCUCCAGGACCCGAGUCUGUGCUGGCUGCUGCCCCGAUGUCCUCUAGGACCCGGCCUGCUGCUGCACCCAAUGGGAUGAGGAUCCCCGCCGACAGCUAGGCCCAGCGUAGGGAUUCUGGAGAGCAUGUGGAGAAGGAAGGAAAGCCUCUGCUCUGAGAGGUGGCGGCCUAGAGGUGGGGGCUUCUUCCCCGUUCUGGGGGCCCUGGCCACCAAAUCAGUGAUGUGCCCUCAUCCCUGAGCCCCCUCCGUGAUGCUCCUCUCCCCACCUCACCCACACAGGACGUUUGUUCAGUGAGGGAGUGAUCGGGAGGUCUGUUGAAAGGCCCCGACGGUCAUCUCUCCUGGGGGGGGGGGGGCUUCCAGGAGGAGGCAGCACUUGAAGUGUGGAGCUGCUCCAGGGAAGAAAAUUCUGGGUGGGGGACAGAAUUAGCACCGAAUUAGAAGAGAUGGCAACACCUGGCUGUUUGGAGAGAGCAGCCCACAAGUGGGGCCAGCUUGAGGGGUUUGGGUUUGAUUCUCUGCUUGUGGAAGGAGAUAUGUGUGUGUGUGUGGGGGGGGGGGGUGUCAGCAGACCAAGGCUCUUCUCUCAGCUCUGUGCCGUGCUCCUGGGAGGCAGGUUUCUUCUGUAUCGGGUGAGAAUAAGCUGCUCAUAAGGAACAUCAUAGAACUGUCUUGAGAAAGUACUUUGUAAGUCUUAAAGGACUUUGAAAAUGUGAGUUUUGUCAUAAUAAAGGUGUUUAUGAUUCAAA